ACCGGGUGGCUUCAAGAUAAAUUAUCGUUUAGUAAUGCAAUUUGAAAAGCGAUUAAUCUCAUUCGCUGACGAAAGUUACACGGAGUUUUGCAGGAUGCACAUGCACAAUGCAAAUUUGCUGGCGGAGAAGGAACAUUCCAGUACAUUCGUUGGGGGACAAGAGGGAAGUGCUGAGCCGGUGAGGCAGUUCGGGUUCCAUGUGCCCACAUGUUGUGGUUACAUUCCCCAGAUGAAUGAAUGGUCCGAUAAUUGGGUGGAGUUUUUCGCACGUAAUCGCCUGAAGUAUCAAAUUGACCUGCUGCUGGAAAAACGAAGCGACAGAGAUUUACUUUCUUUAUGGCCUCAGCUGGAGCGAAAAAUACCAACAUAUUUCAAGGACAUAGAAACAAUUGUUCCUGCAAUUGUGCACGGUGAUUUAUGGUCGGGGAAUUACGCAUACAGCGAGGAUGGUCCAGUGAUUUUCGAUCCCGCUUCAUUUUAUGCACAUAGCGAAUAUGAACUGGGUAUAAUGCAAAUGUUUGGUGGCUUUGGUAGUGCUGUUUAUUCUGCUUAUCAUGAGCUGAUCCCCGAGACGAAGGGCAGCCGAAAACGUGUACAGUUAUACGAAUUGUUCCAUCAUCUGAAUCACUGGUUAGUCAUUUUGUAUUCAUCUACAGUGGUACUGGCAAUGCGAAAAGUGGUCACUGGGGCGGCUUCCGAAGAGAGGUAACU